GUUGCUGGGUGGAUCUUCUUGGACAUUGGAUGUGUUCACUGAAGCAUUUGUUGGAAAGUUGAAGUCAUUUGCUGAUAAGAUUUUUGGCUUGAAAAGUAUAGCUGCAUAUCGCAGCGGUCUGGAAAUUAGUACACAUGUCACUAGAAAAGAUGUUGAGGAAGGUCUUUCUGAGGUCAUACAGGCUGGAAAGCCUGUUCACAUAUCAAAUAAAAGUUUUAUCGACUAUAUUUUCACUCGUAGUUUGGAGGUUGCUCUACUUUUUGACUUGCCAAUGCAGAUACAUACAGGUUUUGGCGACAAAGAUUUGGACUUGAGGCUAUCCAAUCCCCUUCAUCUCCGGGCUGUGCUUGAGGCCAAGAGAUUUUCUAAAAGCCGCAUUGUUCUUUUACAUGCAUCCUACCCGUUUUCAAAGGAAGCAUCAUAUCUAGCCUCUGUUUAUCCCCAGGUCUACCUCGACUUUGGCUUGGCUAUACCCAAGCUCAGUGUUCAAGGGAUGGUAUCUUCACUAAAAGAACUUUUGGAGCUUGCUCCAAUUAAGAAGGAAACAGUACAGAGAGUUAGAGAAUUAGUUCAGUUUGGGGAUUUCAGCUUCUUCAAAGUUUGUGGUUACGUUUUGGUUGGACAUGAAUAGCUAGUACUUUGAAUUGAUAUGUAAGAAAUACUUCAUACAAUUGGGUACCCUAUUUGUAGUUUCGGUGUGUUUUGGCAAUGUAUGACAAUGAUGUGCUAGUAAAUGACAUUUGAACUAAUUUGUAUUUCAUA